AUGGACUGCUUCGCGUCGGUCACAUUGGACAAAAGUUCCUGCUCGGCGGAGGAAGGGAUGAACGGGAGUACCGGAAGUUUCGUGGUCGGCCGGAGUAUCGGCGGCGAGGGAAGGGAGAGAAGGGGAGAAGAGGUGAAUUGCGGUGAAGGAAAGAUACGACUUUCUGGAGUGGGAGGGGAAUCGAAAAUGAGUGGAGUUCGAGGUGGGUGCUAG